CCUUGUUUGUGGCACACAUCUGAGGCUUCAGAAUCACAAAGAAUCCUGCAAGAAAAGCCUAAAAUAAGCAGAGUCAUCGAGUGUCAACAAAUAGAAAGCAACGAUCAAGGUCUCAUAAAACCACUUGCCUGGAAUCUUUCUAUGUAGAAAGAUGUCCCUGGAGGAAAUGAAAGACCUUCAGCUGGUGGGAAAAUACAUACAACCAGAAACCAAGGAAGUGAAUGGAAUCCUUGUGACCAAGAUGAUCAGUGAAAAUUGGGACAACAUCUGGAAUUUCCAAGCAAGACCUGAUGAUCUCCUCAUUGCAUCCUAUGCCAAGGCAGGCACCACCUGGACACAGGAGAUUGUGGACAUGAUCCAAAAUGACGGAGAUGUGCAGAAGUGCCAACGGGCCAACACCUUUGACCGGCAUCCUUUCAUUGAGUGGACUCUACCCCCACCCUUCAACUCAGGUCUAGAUCUGGCCGAAAAAAUGCCUUCUCCUAGAAUUAUGAAGACUCACCUUCCUGUUCAGUUGCUGCCACCUUCCUUCUGGAAAGAAAAUUCAAAGAUUAUCUAUGUGGCUAGAAAUGCAAAAGACACUGUGGUGUCCUACUACCAUUUCUCAAGAAUGGCUGCACUACUACCUAACCCUGGUACAUGGGAGGAGUUUGUUGAGACAUUCAAAGCUGGUAAAGUGCUAUGGGGCUCCUGGUAUGACCAUGUGAAGGGAUGGUGGGAUGCAAAAGACCAACACCGUAUUCUCUACAUCUUCUAUGAGGACAUGAAGGAGGACCCAAAGCGGGAAAUUCAGAAGAUUUUGAAGUUCUUGGAGAAAGAAAUACCAGAGGAAACUCUGAAUAAAAUCAUCUAUCACACCUCCUUUGAUGUAAUGAAGCACAACCCAAUGGCCAACUACACCACUUUUCCUAUCAGCUUCCUGGACCACUCUAUCUCCCCUUUUAUGAGGAAAGGGAUGCCUGGGGACUGGAAGAGCCAUUUCACUGUGACCCAGAAUGAAGAAUUUGACAAGGACUACCAGAAGAAGAUGGCAGGGAGCACCCUGACCUUCCGCACAGAGAUCUGAGGGCAACAGGGGAGCCCAUCAGUCAAGGACCUCCUUCCUAGAUUUUAGACACUUGAGCCUCAUAAUCAAGAAUACUUAAACUUUAAUCCUGAGCUUUCCUACACUCUCAGAAAUUCUAUGCCACUGUGAUAUACUUCAUCCAAAUGCAACCAAAUCUUGGGUAGAAAUUUAAAAUUAAAUUACAUGAUCAUUCACAUAGACACCCACCACAUAAUGGUGUGCUUAUCUGCAAACCCCUGAUAUAACCCAAUCACUAUCUCACAAUAGCCUGGCUUCCUGGAUGCAAAAUUCAUUAAAAGAGAGAAAUAGAGAAGAGUAGAACUUCAACAUAAGAUAAAGUGAGUGAGGAGCAGAGAAGGAGAAGGUGAACACUAUGGAGAAUGUGAAAAGGGAACCAGGUUUUAUCCUUAACCAUCAACGAGACACAGAGGAUGGCCCAGCUGUUGGAAGUAUUAGGUUAUGAGGUGCAGAAUGUAAAAAGAAGGGAAGCCAGUGAACUGUGUCUGACUCAGGAGGUCUCAAGCUAGACAUGAAGAAAGGCCAGAAAGGAAUGGGUGAUAAGCAGCACAAGAAACAGAAACAAAUGCAGUUCACUUUUGAGACCAACACAAGGCAGACAGGCAGAAAACAAUAUAUAUUUCAGAUGGGCUUUUUAGAGAGAAAUGGAGGAAAAUCUUCAAGUUAGCCCCCCUCCCUCAAAGAAAAUAAAAUACCAGCACCACAUGCACUUUAAGAAAAUCUUGAGUAUCACAUCUCUGGAAGGAUCAUCUUUCAUGCUUCUUAAAAAGAGGCUCUAAGCAAAAUGGUCAAUAUUGAUAAAUUAUUCAGCUACACAUGUAAUUAUGUUCUGCCUCUUUUUUUUCAUUAAAGCCUGUCUCAAGAAAGUGUCUAGCAUCAUUUACACAAGUAGUGUGAAUAUCAAUGUAUUAUUUUAAAAGGAUGUCAGGAAGGUACAGUUUGUGGGAGUACUGCAUUCCUAUGCCACUAAAUCAUAAUAUACAGAAUAUUAUCAACUCUGUGCAGGAACAAAAGAAGCCCCAUUUGCAUUCUUUCAUCGUCAUACUUUCUAAGCAUGAAAAUCAUUAACCACAUGGCAAAUAAUCCAGUACAGUAUUUGUGCAGUGCCAAACUGCUCUGAGGAAAUACAUGGUGAAGUGAACCAGCAUGAUUGAAUAGUAAAUACAUUUUUUAUCAGUGAACACCCACACCACAUUCCCAGCUCACAUUCUACUAGCUACCUAAAAAUAUAGACAGCAGACUGCUAAAACUCCCUUUCUGUACACAGUAUGACCUGGGCAAAUAAAGGGAAUAUCUGUAAUGCGUCUGGAGUUCACAAAUUGGGAAAAUGUGCAGCUAUUCUUUUAUGAAUUGUAAGAUUCUCUUUACUUUCAUUAUAAAAAUAAAUUCCAUUCUUGUAUUCUC